UAUGGCAACCUGAAUUAUUAUUAUAUAAGUAAAUAUCAAAUUGAUAUAUCAAUUACCUAUUUGCAGUAUGCAGAGUAAAGACAAAUCGUGUGUCAUACAAAUUGAAGACGAUUAUACCACACACCAAAUAAAGAACAAAAUGUUUGAAAAUCUGACGAGUUAUGGAAUCCAGAUAAUUACAUUUUCUUUCAUAGUAAUAAUAUAUAUGCUAAUUAGCAUCAUUCAAAAUCAAUUAACGCCGAUAAAGUUUGAUGGUCUGGACUUGCAGGACAAAUCACAGCCCAGUUCGGUUCCAAUCAUGUACGUUCCACCUCAUCUGAGGAACAGACCGUAUAAUUCCAGAGCAGUAGAACCAGCAUCUUGUCUGAUUGACGAGUUCCGCUGUAACGACGGGCGAUGCAUUUAUUAUACACAAUAUUGCGAUGGUAUACCUCACUGUUCCGACGGUUCGGACGAAGAAGAAACGUGUUUGGAGAAGAAAAAUAGAAUUGAUAACUCACGAGAUCGUCCUGCUCCAAUAAUCAGAGCUGUUGGUCGCAACCGAGAAGUAAUCGAAGGUGGACACACUAAUCUCCGGUGUGUGCUUCCCAGAUCAAGCGAACAAUACACCGUGAAAUGGAGUCGUAACCGAUCACCACUUCCACAUGAUAGUCAAAUACGAGGAGACGUAUUAAGCUUACGAAACUUACGUUUAAAGGACACUGGUCGUUAUUUAUGUAAAGUUCAUAGUCCGUACGGUUCAACUUAUGACUACAUAGAUCUCCGUGUUCUCCCAUCUUGUCUGAUUGACGAGUUCCGCUGUAACGACGGGCGAUGCAUUUAUUAUACACAAUAUUGCGAUGGUAUACCUCACUGUUCCGACGGUUCGGACGAAGAAGAAACGUGUUUGGAGAAGAAAAAUAGAAUUGGUUUGUAAUUAUAUAAUUGAGUAUAUUUAGGUAUAUCUUUUGUUUUGAUUUUUUUCAAUAAAUUUUUGUCAAUUAAAAAAAUAAAAAAUUGUUCACAUAAAA